UUUUGACAUACAUUGACCUAAUUGCAAAUUGCAACAAAAUGGUGUCAAAAAUCUCCAUCGCAUUCUUCGCUCAAGCACUGCUGAUUCAGCUGGCAUUUGCCCAAUACAACAUUAUCAAUUCUGGAGCGAAUGGUUACGGCUGGGCUGAUGAACUUGGUCUGGGAGGCGCAUACGGUUUUGCUGGGAGCGGACUAGGCUUGGCCAGUGGUUUGGGCGUUGUGAGCGUCCCCGCGGCUGGAGUGGAAGUCGUUGGCGCUGGAUUGGGCGGUAACUUAGGAGGAUUGGGAUGGAAUGGUGGUCUUGGCGUGGCCAAUGGAUUGGGUCUCGUCAGUGUGCCUGGAGUUGAAGUGGGUGGAGCGGGCUUAGCUAAUUUGGGCUUAGGUUUGGGAAGCGGUCUUAACUUGGAUGCUGGAUUUGGUUUGGCUGGUGUCGGCUUAGGUGCCGGGCAAAAUCUUGGUCUUGGUAAUGCUGUGGUAGCAAGCCCAGCGUUCCUCAAUCUAGGCAGUUUGUCUGUCGGAGGAGUUUUCCCGGUGACCAGCGUUGGGCCUAUAGCCCCUUCUACUAUUACUGUUGUGUCUGAUAAUGUGAUUGAAGGCGUUGUGUUCGUCAGUGGUCAACUGCCGUUCUUGAGUGCUGUGGGCAUCGAAGGCGCGAUAGCAUCUGGUGGUGCUGGGGCUGCGUCUUGCGGCUGUGGCACUGGGAAUGUGGGCAUCGUCAGUGAGAACGCUGCUGGUGGCUUGGGCGCGCUGGGUGGUCUGGCCGGGCUUGGAGGACUUGGGUACUUGUAUUGAAUUUCGAUUUCUAAUAAAUAUCAAGGCUAAGCUUA